UAAAUGAACGACGUCGUUCAGCAAGAUACACCCGACCCCCAUACACUUUAUCUUCUUCAAAUUAAAACCCAUGCCUAAAACCCAGCCAAGAAACCCACAACAAGGUUUUUAAAACAAAACAAGUUUACGUCACAUUGGAUGUAAUUAUUCAGGCCAAUGAAAUAUUUAAUCCAAAAAUUUUAGUGGGUUUGUCAUCUCCAAUAGCAGAAAUGGUAUCUUCAAUAUCACCUUCUUGGGUGUUGUGUCAAGAUAAUGGAAUAUCAAGAAGGAUUGUUUCUGUUGACGGGUCAGUUGCUAAGAGGCGGCAUUUGCAGGGUUCUAAGACUUCAUUUGCAAGGGCAUUUGUUACUUCAAUUUGGCAGUUAAAGGUUGGAUUGCACCAUUCAUCUGGGAAUGUGCGUCUUCUUCCCUGUAUAAAAUGUGAGAAUUCUAACAAAGAAGGGAGUUCAUUCGAGCAAGUAUCUGUUGAACCUCCUCCAUAUCAUAGUUACUUGGACUCUACGUCUGGGCAGCUUGAACCAGCUUCUGGAGCUCGUGCAAGUAUUCCAGGGCAAGAGUUCUGGCCAGAAGGGACUGCAAGUCGAGUAAGAGCUGCCAGGGCUCCUGAGCCAAUGGGUGCCUCAACUACAAGUCCUUCUUAUGGACAAAAUCCUGGAAGCAGAAGGAAAAAGUAUAAAGCAUCAGUUGCUUCCUCUGAGACUUCGGAAACAAGUGGAGUUCCUGACAUUCCUGAUGAUGUACUAGAAGAGCCCAAAGAAUUGUUAUCUGAGUAUGUUGUUUAUCAGUCAGAACCAGAGGAAGAGAACUUAAGUGACUACGAGAUGGAUAAGAAAAUUGGACGUCCUCACCCUUUCAUUGAUCCAAAAGCAAAGAAGCCAGUAGAAGAGCCACUUACAAGUGAAGAACUAUGGUGGAACUGGAGAAAGCCAGAAAAAGAACAAUGGUCAAGGUGGCAAAGGAGGAGGCCUGAUGUUGAAACGGUGUUUCUUAAAGCAAUGGCAGAGACUGGGCAAAUAAAGCUCUAUGGUGACCAUCCAACAUUGACUGAGACUUCACUUUACAGAGCAAGGCGACAUAUAUACAAAGAGGAAAGGCUGAAGGCUGAACAAGAAAGAUUGGAAAAGAUUGGUCCAUUAGCUUACUACUCAGAAUGGGUGAAAGCUUGGAAGAGAGACACUUCGAGGGAAGCUGUUCAAAAGCAUUUUGAAGAGACUGGUGAAGAUGAAAACACACAACUCAUUGAAAUGUUUACGCAUCAAACUGAUCAAGAGUACCGCAUCAUGAUGGGUACUGAUGUUCGUAUUCGACGUGAUCCUUUAGCAAUGAGAAUGCGAGAGGAUCAAAUAAAAGAAAUAUGGGGUGGAGAUCCAGUUUACCCAACUAUUAACUACAUUCAGGAUCCAGAUGCUGUCAUUGAUUUCAGGGGUCCAGAUUUUCAUGAGCCUACACCAGAUAUGCUGGUGUAUCUGAAAGAGCAUGGGAAAAUAAUAUCGCGGGAGGAGCUAGAGAUGAAACUUGCUAAAGAGAAGACAGAAGAACUUGAGAUGACAGAUAUGGAUGAAGCCAUGGCUCAAGCUGUAGACAUUGGGGAAAACGAUGAUGAGGGAGAGGAAAGUGAUGAUGGAGAAGAAGAAAAAAUUUCGCGCAAUUGGAGCAUUCUGAAAAGUAAUCCUGAACUUCGGAAAUCAAAGGGUAAACCAAAGAACAAUAACUUGUCUCUGGAAGAAGCUAUAGAUGAUUCAGAGAACCUCACUGACUUUCUCAUGGACUUUGAGGAGGAUGAGUAGUUCUUUCUGGAUUUUGGGGUGGCUGAGGUAUGGCUGUGCUUUUCAUAUGUGCCUGUGCAUCUACUUUGCCAUUUCCGCUGUUGUCGUUAUACACCAAUCAACUGGUUACAAUAGUCCUGUCUUCUAAAUCACCUGACCUCAUGUUGUGAUGUAAUUAAUCAUCACUUGUCUCCAGACAACCAAUCAGGGAUGCUUACUGAUGAAUUCAGCUUCUUCAAGAAGAGAGCAUCUUCUUCAAUUGUAUUAUUGCUAACUUAUACUGUAUGAAGGGAAAUUUGGAGAAGUCUGCUAAUGACACUAAAUUCGUGUCUUGCUGCUCUACCUUGACCUAAAACUUGAAGCCAUUAUGUCAUCUGAGGCACAUACCUUUAGUCUUACCACUCAAUUUUGGACUUUUGCAACCAAUUGGUAUAGCAUCAAGGUUUCUUUGACCCUAACACUAUUAUGAUUUGAUUUGAAGUAUGGGAAACAGUGAAUUUAAACA